AUGGGUGCUCUAUUUUCAAAGUUGUGGGAAUUGUUUAAUGGAAAACAAAUUGAAAUUUUAAUGGUUGGUUUGGCUAAUAGUGGUAAAACAACCUUGUUGAACGUCAUUAGUGAUAACGAACCUGGAGAUACUUUGCCAACUGUUGGUGUGAAUAUGAGACAUGUCAAGAAGGGUAGUGUUACAAUGAAAGUGUUGGAUCUUGGAGGUCAAGAGCGUUUCAGAAAUUUGUGGUUGGAACAUACAAAGUCAUGUGAUGUGGUGGUAUUUGUUGUGGAUGGUGCUGAUAUUGAUAAAGUACCUGAUGCUAGAAGAGAAUUACACAAAUUGUUGGAAAAUAAGGGUUUGGAAGGUAAACCAUUGUUGGUUGUUUUGAAUAAGAUUGAUAUUGAACGAAGAUUCACAAAGGAUGAUAUUGUUAAACAUUUGAAUUUGGAUUAUAUUGAUAACAAUAAGAAUCCUUGGGCUGUCAUUCCAAUUUCUGCCCUUCACAAGACCAAUAUCACAGAUGUUGUUGAUUGGUUGUUGAAACAAUCUAAAUAA